CUGGGCGGAGCGGGCUCGGGGCGCCGCCGCCACUGCUGUGCCGCCGGGCCGCGGAGCGAGUCGGCGGCGGCGGCGGCGGCUGAAGCGGCGCCACAGCAGCCGCGGCGAGCAGCGGCGGCCUCGGAGGAAGAGGGGUCGCCGCCCGGGGUUCUGGCGGCCGCGGCUCUCUCGUCGCAGUAUAUUCUGUUCGGAUUAUCUUUUGCUUCUCCCCAGCUACCUCCUUCCCCUCAAACUCACACUCUGUCCCACUCCUCCGCGUCCUCGGUCGAAGCUGCCCUCGGCCCGGGCUGGUUUCCCCCCGCUUGGGGACGCCCCUUACCUCCCCUCCCGGGCUGCGGGGGACCCCGUCGAGACCAUGAGGAAAUUCAACAUCAGGAAGGUGCUGGACGGCCUGACCGCCGGCUCGUCUUCGGCCUCGCAGCAGCAGCAGCUGCAGCAACAGCACCCGCCUGGGAACCGGGAGCCCGAGAUCCAGGAAACGCUCCAGUCCGAGCACUUUCAGCUGUGCAAGACUGUUCGCCAUGGAUUUCCCUAUCAACCCUCAGCCCUGGCCUUUGAUCCCGUACAGAAGAUCCUGGCAGUGGGAACUCAGACUGGUGCUUUAAGGCUCUUUGGUCGUCCAGGAGUAGAAUGUUAUUGCCAACAUGACAGUGGAGUUGCAGUAAUCCAGCUCCAGUUCCUGAUUAACGAGGGAGCUCUUGUGAGUGCCUUGGCUGAUGACACCUUACAUUUAUGGAAUUUACGUCAAAAGAGACCUGCAAUACUACAUUCACUUAAAUUUUGCAGAGAAAGGGUUACGUUUUGCCAUCUGCCUUUCCAGAGUAAGUGGCUCUAUGUGGGCACUGAACGAGGUAAUAUACAUAUUGUCAAUGUGGAGUCCUUCACACUCUCAGGCUACGUCAUUAUGUGGAAUAAAGCCAUUGAACUGUCAUCUAAAUCUCACCCAGGACCUGUCGUCCAUAUAAGUGAUAAUCCAAUGGAUGAAGGAAAGCUUUUGAUUGGCUUUGAAUCUGGAACAGUAGUGUUAUGGGACCUCAAAUCAAAGAAAGCAGACUACAGAUACACCUACGAUGAGGCUAUCCACUCUGUUGCUUGGCAUCAUGAAGGAAAACAAUUUAUUUGCAGUCAUUCAGAUGGCACUUUGACUAUAUGGAAUGUGAGAUCCCCUGCUAAGCCUGUACAGACGAUAACUCCACAUGGAAAACAGUUAAAGGAUGGGAAGAAGCCAGAACCAUGCAAGCCUAUCCUCAAGGUGGAAUUCAAAACGACUAGACCUGGGGAACCUUUUAUUAUUUUAUCAGGAGGUUUGUCAUACGAUACUGUAGGAAGAAGACCUUGCUUAACAGUUAUGCAUGGGAAAAGUACUGCAGUGCUAGAAAUGGACUAUUCAAUUGUUGAUUUCCUGACACUGUGUGAAACUCCAUACCCAAAUGAUUUUCAAGAACCAUAUGCUGUGGUUGUUCUACUAGAAAAGGAUUUAGUACUUAUAGACCUUGCACAAAAUGGAUAUCCUAUAUUUGAAAAUCCCUACCCUUUGAGUAUACAUGAAUCCCCUGUUACAUGUUGCGAAUAUUUUGCUGAUUGUCCUGUGGACCUUAUUCCUGCACUUUAUUCUGUUGGAGCUAGACAGAAACGUCAAGGUUACAGCAAAAAGGAAUGGCCCAUUAAUGGAGGCAAUUGGGGCUUGGGUGCACAAAGCUACUCAGAAAUAAUUAUUACAGGGCACGCUGAUGGGUCAGUUAAGUUCUGGGAUGCUUCUGCGAUAAAUCUACAAGUAUUAUAUAAAUUAAAGACGUCUAAAGUAUUUGAAAAGUCAAGAAAUAAAGAUGACAAGCCAAACACAGACAUUGUAGAUGAAGAUCCGUAUGCCAUUCAGAUCAUCUCCUGGUGUCCAGAAAGUCGAAUGUUGUGCAUAGCUGGAGUUUCAGCUCAUGUCAUUAUUUAUAGAUUCAGCAAACAAGAAGUGAUUACAGAAGUCAUUCCGAUGCUUGAAGUUCGAUUGUUAUAUGAGAUAAGUGAUGGGGAAUCUCCAGAGGGUGAACAAGCACCACCUUUGCCGACACCAGUUGGGAGUGCCAAUCCUCAGCCCGUUCCUCCUCAGUCUCAUCCUUCUACCAGUAGCACUUCAUCUGAUGGGCUUCGUGAUAACGUCCCUUGUUUGAAAGUUAAAAAUUCUCCACUUAAACAGUCUCCAGGUUAUCAGACAGAAUUAGUUAUUCAGUUGGUAUGGGUGAGUGGAGAACCACCACAACAAAUAACCAGUCUGGCAGUUAACUCUUCCUAUGGAUUGGUAGUUUUUGGCAAUUGUAGUGGCAUUGCAAUGGUUGACUACCUCCAGAAAGCAGUACUCCUCAACCUGGGCACUAUUGAAUUAUGCGGCUCCAGUGAUCCUUAUCGGAGAGAACCCCGAUCUCCUCGUAAAUCUCGACAACCUUCAGGAGGUAUGCUGAUUGUGACUUCUUGCAUGUGCGGCGUUUCUAGCUUAUAUUCUGAAUCUGUGAAAAAACUCCGUUCUUCUUUUUUAACAGGUCUGUGCGAUAUUAGUGAAGGGACUGUAGUCCCAGAAGAUCGCUGCAAAUCUCCAACUUCUGGUUCUUCAUCACCACACAAUUCAGAUGAUGAACAAAAAGUGAAUAAUUUUAUAGAAAAGGUGAAGAUCAAAAGCAGAAAGUUUUCCAAGAUGGUAGCCAGUGAUAUAGCAAAAAUGUCAAGGAAGUUAAGCUUGCCUACUGACCUAAAGCCUGACUUAGACAUAAAAGAUAAUUCCUUCAGCCGAUCACGGAGUUCAAGUGUAACCAGCAUUGAUAAAGAAUCCCGAGAAGCAAUCUCUGCUCUUCAUUUCUGUGAAACUUUUACUCGAAAGGCAGAUUCAGCCCCCUCCCCAUGUUUGUGGGUUGGUACUACAUUGGGAACAGUGCUUGUCAUUGCACUGAACCUUCCCCCAGGAGGAGAGCAAAGACUUCUUCAGCCAGUAAUUGUGUCUCCAAGUGGUACUAUAUUGAGGUUAAAAGGGGCAGUCCUGAGAAUGGCAUUCCUGGAUUCCACAGGCUGCUUAAUGCCACCCGCAUAUGAAUCCUGGAAAGAACACAAUGUUCCUGAAGAGAAGGAUGAAAAGGAGAAAUUGAAAAAACGAAGACCUGUCUCUGUAUCUCCCUCCUCUUCUCAGGAAAUUAGUGAAAACCAGUAUGCAGUGAUAUGUUCUGAAAAGCAAGCAAAAGUAAUCUCACUGCCAACUCAGAACUGUGCUUAUAAGCAAAACAUUACAGAGACCUCAUUUGUUCUUCGUGGAGAUAUUGUAUCAUUGAGUAACAGUAUCUGCCUUGCCUGCUUCUGUGCCAAUGGACACAUUAUGACUUUUAGUUUGCCAAGUUUAAGACCUCUAUUGGAUGUGUAUUACUUGCCCCUUACCAAUAUGCGGAUAGCCAGAACGUUCUGCUUCACCAACAAUGGACAAGCAUUAUAUCUUGUUUCACCUACAGAAAUCCAGAGACUCACUUACAGUCAAGAGACCUGUGAAAAUCUUCAGGAAAUGUUGGGUGAACUCUUCACUCCUGUAGAAACACCUGAAGCACCAAACAGGGGAUUCUUUAAAGGCUUGUUUGGAGGUGGUGCACAAUCUCUUGAUAGAGAAGAACUAUUUGGAGAAUCAUCCUCGGGAAAGGCUUCAAGAAGUCUUGCUCAGCAUAUCCCUGGCCCUGGUGGCAUCGAAGGCGUGAAAGGAGCAGCAUCUGGAGUUGUUGGUGAAUUAGCACGAGCCAGGUUGGCACUAGAUGAAAGAGGGCAGAAACUUAGUGACCUGGAAGAAAGAACUGCAGCUAUGUUAUCCAGUGCAGAUUCAUUUUCUAAACAUGCUCACGAGAUGAUGUUGAAAUACAAAGAUAAGAAGUGGUACCAGUUCUGACAACCAGAAAUCCAACUAAGUCCAACUUCAGCCAGAAGGAAAAAGAAUUUUCCUUUUUUAUUUUAUUGAUUUCACUUUAGGAAAGUUAACAUUAAAGAGAUGUUCAUCACUGGAUACUGUUCUUUCCUAGCACAAUCAUGCACUCUUUGACCUCAGUCAUGCGGCUUUAACUGAGGAGUGUUGACACACACUCAACGUGGAGUAUAUGCUGUGGGCCAGCUACGAGUUGACGGUUUGGGAGCUAGGACGGUCACAUGUUACAAAUGAAGAAACAGGGAUGUUGAGGAGACAUGGCAGGGACUUUUCCUGGGUCAGUCCUGUAUUAAACUUUCACAUGCCAAAAGAUUCUGUGCUGUCGUUAUCUGCCAUCAUUGUUUGACCUCUUUGAGGGAGAGGCAAUAAGUCAGAAGUCCUGAAGCUGAAACAGUUAUAUUUGUGUCACUGACUGAAUUAUAAACGGCUGUCUUGGACUUUCCCUCCCUUCAACUGACUGGUCAUCAGUAUCAUUAGUGAAAAAGACACAAACUGUUUAUUACCAUAUCUUUAGACAGAUAAGCUGAAUGGUGGGCUUUAAAUAAUAAAAACAUACACAUAGUUGACUUGUG